CUCAUAAUUAGCAGAAAAAGUGAAAACGCAAAAAAAUUCGAAGCCGUCACCGCACCACAAGAACGCAAAUGGCCCCCUCAUCCCUGACACGUGUCACCGGACUCAUUAAAAAGGAAACUUUUGCAGCUCGACACAAAUGUCGGCGAUGAACGUUUUUUGAGAUUAUUCCAUUUUAAUUGGCCUAACGCGGAUUUUCCUGCAUCAUUUCCACAAAUGGAGAACUAUCUCUGGUUGCUAGUAUGCGCUUGUAACAUCUGGGUAGCAUCCUCGAUAAGCUCCGGCAUAAAGUGGGUGAGGGUAAAUGUUCCCCAAUAUAGGGUGCCAGGAGAAACAGCUAUGCUGCAAUGCGAUUACGAUUUGGGCAACGAUACCCUGUAUUCAGUUAAAUGGUACAAAGAUCACGAAGAGUUCUACAGGUUCGUGCCCAAGGAGAGGCCGCAAUCGAAUUGGUAUGAAGUCGAAGGAGUGAAUGUAGAUAUGAGCAGAUCGAACAGCAAAAAAGUAGUGAUACGACCUGUCAGUUGGAAAACUACCGGAUUAUUCAGAUGCGAAGUCUCUGCAGAGGCGCCAUCUUUCGCUUCGGCGCAGAGCGAGGCCAAAAUGGAAGUUGUCGCUCUUCCAACGGAGAACCCAGUCAUCACGGGGGUUGAACAAGAGUACCAAAUUGGCGACGAGAUCAAUCUAAAUUGUACAUCGGGAAGGAGUCAUCCUGCUUCCAUACUACAUUGGUAUAUAAAUGAACAACAGAUCCAGAAACCAGAAGCCCUGCUUAUUUACCCCGAAGAAUACCAUCAGCAUGGCUUGGUAUCUUCAGUUCUAGGCCUAAAAUUUCGAUUGAGCAACCAUCAUUUCAGAGGUGGUUCCAUGAGGGUUAAAUGCGUGGCUUCGAUGACUCCAGUGCUCUACCAGACUGACAGAGAAAGUAUAGUGCAGACGCAGACACUGCCAUUAAGGGAAGCCCUUCUAUUAGUUAAAAGUUCUUCAAGUAGAAACCAUGGGCACGCGAUCAUCUUUCUCUUCUUAGUGGCGCAUUUGUUGACGUGAGUGUUUGAAAUCUUGUAAAUAAAGUGACUAAAGACUUCGAAUUACAUAAAAAUAAGUUGUGAAAAAUAUUGAUGUCGCCUUUCAACAGAACUGCUAUUUUUAGUGUUUACUUCGACUGUGAUAACCUACAAACUAAAAUAAUGAACUGUUGAAAUUUACAGAAAAACUUUGACACUGUGGUGGUAUGUAAAUGAGGUUUAUCUUGCAAAAAUUUGGUAAUUAUAUUUUAUUUUAAAAAUUGGUGCGGUCAGCAAUGAAUUUGGUAACAAUACUAAUAAACAAAAGCAAUAAAUGCUAUUUAUUUGAUGACUUUUUUUUUUCAUAUCUACAGGUUCAGUCAAUCUAAAAAUGUAAAAAAUAUUUACAAUUUAAUAAUUAUGAAUCUUUCGUAAAUAUUUACCUGCCAGUUGAUAUUAAUUUGCAUCUACAAUAUCAUUCAUAAAAUUUCAGAACAACAAGGGUCCAGGACUCGACCCAUGAGUUAACAAGUAACCAAUUGAUCUGGUUUUUUGUGAGAUGAUCCUUUAUUAUUUUUGGUUAUUAGUUUUAACAAAACCUUAUUAUUAUUACUACGUGACUUGAUUCUUAUAAAAAUAGAUGUCGCUUUAGUAACAAAAUUGUGGCCAUAGUUAUUGGGAACCGUUGUUAUAAAUACUAGACUGCCGCUUUAAAUCAAGAUCGUUCCCAUAAUAACAGGUUUAUUACCAUAGUACCUGGACUGUUGCUUCAUUAAUUAGACUGUCAUAAAAAUAGAUUGUUAACAUAGUAUCAGGGUAGCUGCUAUGGUAACAAGCCUAUCACUAUGGUAAGAAUAUCGUUGUUAUUGUAACAGGAUUGUUGUUACAGUAAGAAGAUUAUUUCUAUAGUAACAUAAACGUCGUUUAAGUAACAAUAUCGUUACUAUAUUUCCAUUACUGUUACUAUAUUAACAUGAUUUUUACUAUAAAAACAUUAUUGCUAUUAUAACAAUAUUGUUGUUAUAGUAAUAUUAUAAUUGUUAUAGUUACCUUAUCAUUGAGGUAGUAACAGGACUAUCGCUAUACUAACAAACUUAUUAUCAUAGUACCUACCUGGGCUGUGAAUAUCAAAAUAGAUCGUCUCUUUAGGAAGUAGGGAAUCCUACCUAGACAUCAGAAUUAUUUUUAAAUAAUGAAAUUUAAUAAAAAAAUUCUGACAGCGGUGGGAUUCGGACCGCGGACCCUAGGAUUUGCAAGCCCAGACUCUAAUCACUAAGCCACUCAUCCUCCACAUUAAUGUUGCUAUAGUAAUAUGACCAUCAUUGUAGUAACAAUAUCAUUGUGUUAGCAACAGUAUUGUUUUUAUAGUAACAUGAUUUUUACUAUAGUAGCAUAAUUAUUGCAAUACAGUAUUAUAAUUAUUGCAAUAUAGUAAUAUUAUUGUUGGUAAAUUAACAUUGUUACUAAAGUAACAUGAUUGUUGCUAUAGAAACGAUUAUCGUUAUAGUAAUCAUUAUAGCUAUAUUAACAUUAAUAUUUCUAUAGUAAUAGCAUUGUUCUUAAAGUAACAACAUUUCUGCUAUAAAAUUAUAGUUACCUAAUCAUUGUUGCCGUAACAGGAUUAUCGCUAAAAUAGCAAGAUUAUUGGCAUAGUACUUGGACUAUGACUAUAAAAAUCUAUCGUCGAUGUAUUAUCUUCAUUAUUUAUUGUAAAUAUUACGAAUUCAAAACGUUGGAAUUUUUGUAAGAUAAUAUUCAUAUACAGACUGAUGAAAUAAAAAAAAUAUUUUUAAGUUUAUGAUCGUGUAAACCCUGUUUUCUGUUUAAAGUGCACCGGAUCGAGUGCCAUUGUCUGUCAAAAUGUUUAAGUUUGUUGUGUACAAAAUAAUAAUUAAAUGAUAUCACUCCUCUGUACAGAAAGAUAUUUAAAUACAUUCUAGCAUUUAUGUCCA